AUGUCUGCCUUUGACGAGAACGAGGCGUCUCUGCUCGCCUCCGCUAUGACCCCGGAUGUCGCUCUAACUAUCAACGGUAAUGAUGAGUCGGGCUUCGAACACGUUCAGGCCCACAGCCUCAACACUGUGGGCCCGAUGGAUACGAUCCAUUUUGUAACCAACAUUCGCAUUGACGUUGCGGACAAUGACGCCGCCAUUGCGACGUUGACCGCAAAUACCCUGGCUCAGCAUUACCUUCGUGGAAAUAGACUUCGCUCGAGCGAGAGAAGGCUGCUCGGAGGAUCAAAACAUGUCAUGGAGCUCAGUGAAGACGAGAAAAAUGGGCUUUGGAAGGUCAAUUUGUGGCACUUCAAGACAGUAUGGAGAGAGGGGGGUACAAGGUCGUUGCACCCGAAAGCUGAGUUGCUUUCGCUCUUGCGAAAGUAA